CAAGAUAUAUUUCACCUCAACCACUCAUCUACGGUCUCAAUUUCUCCCCCCCUUUUCUGGUCGAUUAGGGUUUUAGCGUUUCACAAUCGCCUUCGAAUUCAACAAUCAGAUCGCAAAUCAUCAACAAGUUCUUCAAGGCGAAAGGCGAUGUCUCGUGUGUACGUUGGGAAUCUGGAUCCGCGAGUUUCUGAGCGAGAGCUUGAAGAUGAAUUUCGCGCGUAUGGUGUUCUUAGGAAUGUGUGGGUUGCUAGAAGGCCACCUGGUUAUGCAUUUGUUGAGUUUGACGAUCGCAGGGAUGCGCUGGAUGCUAUUCGGGCUUUAGAUGGGAAAAACGGUUGGCGUGUAGAGCUCUCUCACAACUCAAAAGGAGAUGGUGGUGGUCGUGGUGGACGCGGUGGUGGCGGUGACCGCGGGGGUCGUGGUGGCGGUGAUGACCUGAAAUGUUAUCAGUGUGGUGAGCCUGGUCACUUUGCUCGGGAAUGCCGCAACCGUGGUGGUGGCGGUUCACGUGGGUUUGGAGGAGGCCGCCGCCGUAGCCCUAGCCCUAGGCGACGAAGGAGUCCAAGUUACGGGCGUCGCAGUUACAGUCCUCGCUACAGUCCUCGUGGUGGGAGGUCACCGCCACCUAGGCGUAGCAUAUCACCUCGUAGAGGCCGCAGCUACAGCAGAUCGCCGCCUCCUUACCGCCGUGCCAGACGUGAUUCUCCUUAUGCUAAUGGAGUUUAGGAAUGGAGAUAAGCAGAAACAGUUGAAGAUUGCUGAAUGUAACAGGGUAGCUCUGCCUCAAUAGUUUUGUUAUGUGGUUUGUGAACAUAUCGCAGUCGGUUUUAUUUAUGUCGUCGGUAUCAUAAUAUGACAUUUUCGUGUGUUGGACUUGGCAUUUGAUGUGGGACCGCACUAUGUGGCUUUAAAAGGGGUUGCUCUCGACUCCGAUCUUUAAUGCAGCUAGCUGAAAUCAUCCUAGAGGUUGUUUUUUCACACUUUAAUUUGAAUGCUUUUUAUGGAACUAUCAUACAGUGAUAUUUUUAAGUGUUUGGUUUCUAAA